CCUUUUUCACUUGAAGGGAGUGCUGCUUCCUGGGCUAGAGACAAGCACCAGCCUGCAGUGGGAGAGCGGAGGCCCAGCUGCCCGGAAGGAGCGGCCAAGGUCCGAGGAGGACUGGCCCGGGAAGGUCGUCGGUCUUCCCUGCCCUGGGAGCCUAGGAGAGCUGCUCACUGAGGGCCCGGAAGAGGAGGCGAGGAAGGCGGCUCCAAGGUGGCACCAUGUUCCGCAAGAAAAAGAAGAAACGCCCUGAGAUCUCAGCCCCACAGAACUUCCAGCACCGUGUCCACACCUCCUUCGACCCUAAAGAAGGCAAGUUCGUGGGCCUCCCCCCACAAUGGCAGAACAUCCUGGACACGCUCCGGCGGCCCAAGCCUGUGGUGGACCCUUCGCGCAUCACGCGGGUGCAGCUCCAGCCCAUGAAGACAGUGGUGCGGGGCAGCUCGGUGCCCAUGGAUGGCUACAUCUCGGGGUUGCUCAACGACAUCCAGAAGUUGUCGGUCAUUAGUUCUAAUACCCUGCGUGGCCGCAGCCCCACCAGCCGGAGGCGGGCACAGUCCCUGGGGUUGCUAGGAGACGAGCACUGGGCCGCUGACCCGGAUAUGUACCUCCAGAGCCCCCAGUCUGAGCGCACUGACCCCCACAGCCUCUACCUCAGCAGCAACGGGGGCACCCCAGCAGGCCACCGGCAGAUGCCGUGGCCUGAGCCACAGAGCCCACGGGUCCUGCCCAAUGGGCUGGCCAUGAAGGCACAGUCCUUGGGCCCCGCCGAGUUUCAGGGUGCCACGCAGCGCUGCCUGCAGCUGGGCCCCUGCCUGCAGAGUUCCCCACCUGGCAGCUCACCCCCCACGGCCGCCGGGAGGAAGGGGAUGAAGGCUGCCAAGCAUGGCUCUGAGGAGGCCCGGCCACAGUCCUGCCUCGUGGGCUCAGCCGCAGGCAGGCCUGGUGGGGAAGGCAGCCCUAGCCCGAAGACGCAGGAGAGCAGCCUGAAGCGCAGGCUGUUCCGAAGUAUGUUCCUGUCCACUCCUGCCGCAGCCCCUCAGAGCGCAGCCCCUCUGAGCAGCAGCAAGCCAGGCCCUCCAGCACAGAGCAAGCACUUCCCUGAGGACUUGCAGAGAGGCCCCCCAACUGCCUGUCCCCAUGGCAGCCACAACCCCCACUCCUCUUUCCGACCUCCGCAGAAAGACUCUCCUCCGACGCUGGUGGCCAAGGCCCAGUCCUUGCCCUCAGAUCAGCCUGUGGGGACCUUCAGCCCUCUGACCACUUCAGAUACCAGCAGUCCCCAGAAGUCCCUCCGCACAGCCCCAGCCACUGGCCCGCUCCCAGGCCGGUCUUCCCCGGCAGGCUCCCCCCGGACCCGGCAUGCCCAGAUCAGCACCAGCAACCUGUACCUGCCCCAGGACCCUGCAGUGGCUAGGGGGGGCCUGACUGGCGAGGACACGGGCGUCGUGACACACGAGCAGUUCAAGGCUGCGCUCAGGAUGGUGGUGGACCAGGGCGACCCCCGGCUGCUGCUGGACAGCUACGUGAAGAUUGGCGAGGGCUCCACGGGCAUCGUCUGCCUGGCCCGGGAGAAGCACUCGGGCCGCCAGGUGGCUGUCAAGAUGAUGGACCUCAGGAAGCAGCAGCGCAGGGAGCUGCUCUUUAACGAGGUGGUGAUCAUGCGGGACUACCAGCACCUCAACGUGGUGGAGAUGUACAAGAGCUACCUGGUGGGUGAGGAGCUGUGGGUGCUUAUGGAGUUCCUGCAGGGCGGGGCCCUCACAGACAUCGUCUCCCAAGUCAGGCUGAACGAGGAGCAGAUUGCCACUGUGUGUGAGGCUGUGCUGCAGGCCCUGGCUUACCUACACGCCCAGGGUGUCAUCCACCGGGACAUCAAAAGUGACUCCAUUCUUCUGACCCUCGAUGGCAGGGUGAAGCUCUCAGACUUCGGAUUCUGUGCUCAGAUCAGCAAAGAUGUCCCUAAGAGGAAAUCACUAGUGGGAACUCCCUACUGGAUGGCUCCGGAAGUGAUCUCCAGGUCUCUGUAUGCCACCGAGGUGGAUAUCUGGUCUCUGGGCAUCAUGGUGAUUGAGAUGGUGGAUGGGGAGCCUCCCUACUUCAGCGACUCCCCAGUGCAAGCCAUGAAGAGGCUCCGAGACAGCGCCCCACCCAGGCUGAGAAACUCUCACAAGGUCUCCCCGGUGCUGAGAGACUUCUUGGAGCGGAUGCUGGUGCGGGAUCCCCAAGAGAGAGCCACGGCCCAGGAGCUCCUGGACCACCCCUUUCUGCUGCAGACGGGACUGCCCGAGUGCCUGGUGCCACUGAUCCAGCUCUACCGCAAGCAGACCUCCACCUGCUGAGCCCACCCCCAGAGUACACCUGCCACCUGUGCCCACAGGCAGGGGACACUGGGCAGCCAGCCUGCCGGCAGGAC